AUGUCUCUAGAAGAGUCAUUUAGUAAUCUCCGCGUGGAUCAUCAGGACAACCAGUUUACAGCUCAUGAUCAUUACGAAUCUGUGAAUUCAAAUGACUUAGCUGAUGUGACACAGUUAUUUCAAGAAUUAAGUGAUAGAUUGCAGGCAAGAACAAUUAUUAAGGAUCCUAAUUUUGACUUGUUCGAAGGCACACAUUCCCUAGAAGUGAACAAUAAGAAGUUAGAUUCGAGUUUAAUCGAUUUGACAGAAGAGGAAAUACAUUUUGAUUGCAAUAAGCCAUAUGGGUUUGGCGCCAAGGAAGGGGAAUGGGAUCAGAUUGAUUAUGUUUCAGCCAUCCUAGACCGUCUAAUGAGAUUGGUUGUGUGUUGGUUAAACGACUACCAAACCCUACCGACAACUUUGCUGAGUUGUAAAUACAUGGAAUAUUUUCUUCAGAAAUGGACAUUGCCACCACUAGAUAAUGUUAAUGUUUUAAAUACAGGAGACCCCAUCUAUGAUGAUGUUUUGGGAAGUUGUAUCACUGGAAUUGGCUAUUUUACUAAAUUCGCCCGUGAAUUGCUCAAGGCAGGAGUUAUAUUUGAAGAAGAAGAUUUGAAUUUUAAUGCAAUGGGUCUUGAUCUGUAUUUGGGAUUGCCAAAUAAGGUGAAGACUUUAAAAUAUAUAAAUAAAGGGUUAGAAACUUUAAGUCUGAUCCAUGAUGAUAAGAGAACAAUUUUAUUGACAAAUAUCUUGAAGCUAACUAGUUGCUUAGUCAAACUUGAGGAUCAUAUUUUAUUCUAUUCUUCCACUACUCAACAUUUGGAUGAAAUGAUUGACCUUGCCCAGAAGCUGUACGAUGAACCAGAGCUCGAUAAGGCAUAUCCUGUGGGUUCAUUUUCAAUGGAAAUCCAAAAGAGACUUGCAAACCAAUUUCCACCAAAGAAAUUGGUGGAACCAUCUUCAAAUUAUGAUGGAUUCAUUGUACUUGCCAAUGAUAUAAAGCUUAUCCUCAAGAUCGCACAGGCCAAUAGUUCCUUAGAGAUUAUCCAAUUUGCCAAUUUCUUCAACAAAAUACGUCAACUUCAUGUAAUUGCAAGAGCUAUAUUCUCGUUGUUUGUAAUGAGAGACGAUAGAUCAGUUCUUGGAACUUUUACUCUUCAUGAUUUCUUACAGGCCCACGUAUUACCCAUUGCAAACAAUUUGACCAAGAUAAGCCCUCAAAUUGAAAAUGCUCUUGAUCCCAUACUACAAGAUUGUAUCAGUGUUUUAUUUGAGUGGUACCAAAACUCUUCUCAGAACACAUGUCGAUAUAGACAAGGGUAUAAUAGGCAAAUAUUACUAUGGGACUCAGUCCAAGCUCAAUUAGAGAAUGUUUUAACACAACUUGGAUCAUCAUCUCGUUUAGUCGUUAAUCAAUCAGGUACUGCCCAAGAAAAUAAUUUCAUUGAAUCUUAUGCUUCCUGGGCAUUUGUUAUGAAACUAAAUGCAAUGAUUGAAUUUACUCUGAAAGGGUUUGAUCUUGAUUGUUAUAAACCAUUUGAGUCAUAUUCUUUAUUUUGGUAUGUUUAUUACUUAUGUGAAUAUUUACAAAAUGGGUUAAAUAUAAUAGAAACUGGGAUUCAAAGGACAAUCAGUGAUAUCCAUGCCUUGAAUAAACGAAUGAAGAAACUAAAAGCAGGUGAAAAAAAAGAUAGGCUGAGGGAUCAAUAUCAUAAGCUAAUGGAGUUAGAUAUGCCUGGACUGCAAGAUCGUUUAAAAUAUAUGCAGUAUGAACGAAAUAAAUGCAAGAUAACUCAAUCACUGUGUCUUGUUGAGGUUGUUCAAUUUGGAAUCUUAGCGUCAUAUAAUGUGAUUACCAAUAAAAAUCCAGCUAACUCCAAAUUUGUUAAUGAUGAAUUAAUCUAUAAGCUACGUUUUAAGCCAUUUUCUUCCAUUGGUUCUCCGGAAACACCCACGUUUACGCUAUCUCAAGAGACGCUUCAAAAAUUUAUGUUUAAAGAGUCAGAAUUUUCUUCUAGAAUAGAGGAAUCAUUGAAAUUUAUGAAAGGCCAAUUAAACCAUAUAGAAAUUACAAUUGGAGAAAUUCUUCGAUACGUUGAAUCCGAUGAUGAGGGCGAGUCGAUGAUGACCGGUACAAGAUUAGUGAAAGAGGAAGCCUCCGAAUAUUUCACACAAUUGAAAAAAUCUAGUGAGCUUCUGAAAGCAAAUUCCAAACGUAUUGUCAAAGUGUUGGGUCCUAAACCUGUUCAGGGGCUUGAGAACAAGUUCACGGUGAUGUUAAGUACUUCGACUGGUGCAUCUAGAUUCUUCCCAAUACUAGAAGUGGUAGAAAGAAAGCCUCGUGGCAAUGGUAGAGAGAUUUAA